AUCCAGGACGAGCCUUUCAUAUAGCUAAGGUACGGAAUAAAACUCUCCCUUCCUCCCUCCAAACUUACCCUAACACUAUGUUUGGUUCUAAGAUUUCCGUUGUGGUACUCCGGCGCUUUGAGGAACAAGAAUGGGGAUCGGCAUUUUUGUUUCCCAGGAUCUUCAGGAGUCUGUGGUUGAGCAAGAAGUGCCGCAGUGGGUUAUGGUCAGCUUCAAGGAGGAUGGUGGGUUGGCAGGCAGUGGGAUGCAUGGUAGGGAUGCCAUGGUAGAGUUCAGAGGGUCUUCUGCCAUGAAAGGUUGGAAGGCGGAGGUUAUUGGCCGUAUUAAGAGAAACAAAGAAAUUUAGAUGUGAUGAUAAGCUCUCAUAAAGGGUGAAGCUAAUUUUUGUAGAGAGGUAAGAGUCAAAUUCUCUGUAAUUGUAUCUGCCUGAAAUCAUCAAUAAACACAUCUAGCCGCCGUGGAAGUUUACUCACGGGGUGUUACCACGUUAUUUCACGUGUUUCACUUUCUCUCUACUUUUACUCUCUCGUUUUUUCUUCACCUUCUUCAUCGGAUUUCUGACAUCUCUGCAUGCGGUGUAUCAUGCAUAUUGUUUCUGUGUGUUCAUUGUAAAGGUGAAAAGUGACCAAAUACUACCGGGACUUAGAAGAUGAAUGCCUCUUAUUUACGUCGUUCCUUUCUGAAAAUCGUGACGUCCUUCAAGUUGUCAAAAGCCAACCAUCACAUUUACAUCUCUCCCAGCAUAAACUUACAUAGUUGGCAUCAGACAACGAUCAUCGCACCCACAUGUUAUACAAAUGUUAUCUUCUGCUUUUGUAUAUGUAUUGACAACUGCACGAGCCGGGCACGCAUUAACUAGCUCCAGGUUUAAAUGCAUGUUGUACCUUCUAGAAAGUAAUAAAUGUCGGGGCUCGUAUGAGGCGGACUCGUCCACUCCGUUAGCUUCACUGUUAAACUAAGAAGUGUUGAACUUAGAUGAUACACAUUCCUGUUUUUACUUGUGCAUGGACACGACGAAUAUGCAAAAUGUUUAUCCUUUUCAUAAACAAAACAUGCAAUA